AUGUCGUCAACCUUCAGCGGCGAUGAAACGGCACCGUUCUUCGGCUUCCUCGGCGCCGCCGCCGCUCUAGUCUUCUCCUGUAUGGGGGCGGCGUACGGCACCGCCAAGAGCGGCGUCGGCGUGGCGUCGAUGGGCGUGAUGAGGCCCGAGCUCGUGAUGAAGUCUAUUGUCCCGGUGGUCAUGGCUGGUGUAUUGGGUAUUUACGGCUUGAUCAUUGCCGUGAUUAUCAGCACUGGGAUCAACCCCAAGGCCAAGUCCUACUACUUGUUCGAUGGGUACGCGCACCUUUCGUCUGGGCUCGCUUGUGGUCUUGCCGGCCUUGCUGCUGGUAUGGCCAUCGGGAUUGUUGGAGAUGCUGGUGUUAGAGCCAAUGCACAACAACCAAAGCUCUUUGUAGGGAUGAUUCUUAUCCUCAUUUUUGCUGAAGCUUUGGCUCUUUACGGUCUCAUUGUCGGCAUUAUCCUCUCUUCUCGUGCUGGCCAGUCCAGAGCAGAUUAG